AUGAGUGUUAAUUUAGGGAUUUCAAAGAUCCUGCUAAGUUAAUUAGGGAGACCAUUUAUUUAGUAAAAAAGUGGAUUUAAUACCCUCUUUAGAUUAUUAGAUGGUACUCAAAAUGCUUUCAAGAUAACUUAAUUGAAUGGAUUUAAAUUUUUCUAAUAAAUGAAUUCAAAUAUUUAAGCUAAUUACUUGAGCAAUAUCAUAAUGAAAAGCUUUAACUUGUAAUCUAUCUCAUCUUCCUUGGAAGGUCCUAAAAGAUUAGAAAUCGAUGAAGCUAUUUUGAAUGUUAAUACCCAUUAAAGAAAGAGAGCUAAAGUAAAAAGAGAAAAGCGUAAAUAACGUAGAAAAAAAAUCAGAAGAUUAUCUGAAAGAAAGAGAGAAAAAUAUAAUUAUUGA